AUGAGCUCCAAAGAGGUUCCCAUCCCGGGACCCAAGGGGGUCCCGCUUUUGGGUAACAUCUAUGACAUUGAGGCCGAGGUGCCAAUGAAGAGUAUUGAGCUGAUGGCUGAUAACUACGGCCCGAUCUACCGACUCACCACUUUUGGUUCCCCGCGCGUAUUCAUCAGCUCCUACGAGCUAGUCAAUGAAGUAUGUGACGAAGAACGAUUCGCAAAGGUAGUCUCAGGCGGACUGAAAGAAAUCCGAAACGGCACACACGACGGUCUUUUUACAGCUGAUGUCCCCGGCGAAGACACGAACUGGGGCGCUGCACACCGAGUCCUAAUCCCCGCAUUUGGGCCAUUGGCAAUUCGCGGAAUGUUCGAUGACAUGUACGAUAUCGCGACUCAGCUGGUAAUGAAGUGGGCUCGACAAGGCCCCAAUGCCGCGAUCGCGGUCGCCGAUGACUUUACCCGUCUGACACUGGAUACUAUUGCGCUUUGUGCCAUGGGAACGCGAUUCAACUCCUUCUACCGCGAUGAGAUGCAUCCUUUCGUGGAGGCUAUGGUGGGCUUGCUUGCUGGAUCAGGCGCCCGAGCUCGUCGUCCAGCUCUGCUAAACAAUUUGCCCACAAGUGAAAACGCAAAGUACUGGGCAGAUAUUGAUUACCUGCGCAACCUUUCACAGGAGCUUGUGGAGGAUCGGAAAAACAACCCCGAAGAUAAAAAAGAUCUUCUUAAUGCUAUGAUUCUAGGCCGUGAUCCUCAGACCGGGAAUGGUCUGACAGACGACUCGAUUGUCGACAAUAUGAUCACAUUCCUUAUUGCCGGUCACGAAACCACUUCCGGCAUGCUAUCAUUCCUGUUCUACUAUUUGCUCAAAACCCCACAUGCAUACAAGAAAGCCCAAGAGGAAGUCGAUCAGGUCAUCGGACAGCGCAAGAUUACAGUGGACGACAUGUCAAAACUCCCCUAUAUCACAGCCGUGAUGCGUGAAACACUCCGACUGAGACCGACAGCACCUUUCAUCGGUCUCCAUGCCCACCCGACCAAGAACAAGGAGGAUCCGGUCACACUCGGCGGCGGAAAAUAUGUCCUAAACAAAGACGAGCCCAUCGUCAUGAUGGCUGGAAAGAUGCAACGCGAUCCAAAAGUAUGGGGCCCCGACGCAGAGGAGUUCCGACCCGAACGAAUGCUAGACGAGCAUUUUGACAAACUGCCCAAGAACGCAUGGAAGCCAUUCGGGAAUGGUAUGCGAGGCUGUAUCGGACGGCCAUUUGCCUGGCAAGAGGCUCUCCUCGUCGUCGCGAUCUUGUUGCAGAACUUCAACUUCCAGAUGGCUAAUCCCAGCUAUGACUUGCGUAUCAAGCAGACUCUCACCAUCAAGCCUAAAGAUUUUGAAAUGAAGGCAUCGUUGCGGGGUGGGCUUGAUCCAACGCAUCUUAGUAUGAGACUGAGCGGUACCCCUGAUGUGGCGAAGGCGUCUGACCUUGGGGAUCGGGAGAAGAAGCAUAAGCCCGUUCCUGUGGGUGCUGAGCUUAAGAAUAUGCACAUCUUCUAUGGAAGUAAUACCGGCACUUGUGAAGCGUUUGCACGCAGGCUUGCCGAUGAUGCUGCGGAGUAUGGAUUCGCCGCUUCGACUAACUCUUUGGACUCUGCUAUGCAGAGCAUUCCAACGAGUGAGCCUGUUGUCUUCAUCACUGCUUCAUAUGAGGGCCAGCCGCCUGACAAUGCGGCCCACUUCUUUGAGUGGCUGAGUGAGCUUAAGGGGAGCAGCUUGGAUGGUGUUAACUAUGCGGUCUUUGGUUGUGGUCAUCAUGACUGGGCGGCUACUUUCCACCGGAUUCCAAAGGCAGUGAAUGAGCUGAUCCAGGAGAAUGGAGGAAACAGGCUAUGUGAAAUUGGACUUGCCGACGCAGCCAACUCGGACAUGUUCACAGAUUUCGAUGGCUGGGGCGAAACAGCGUUCUGGCCAGCGAUCACCGCCAAGUAUGGCGGAGGCCAAGACAAGACAGCCAAGCCUAAAUCAUCCCUCCAAGUGGAGGUGUCAUCGGGAAUGCGCGCAUCGACUCUAGGCCUUCAGUUGGAAGAGGGUUUCGUGCUAGAGAACCAACUCUUGACACAACCCGGCGUGCCCAUGAAGAGACUGGUCAAAUUCAAGCUCCCAACCGAUAUGACCUACCAAUGCGGUGACUACCUGGCCAUUCUACCCGUGAACCCAACCUCAGUGGUCCGUCGAGCAAUCCGUCGUUUCGAUCUACCAUGGGACGCAAUGCUCCGCAUCCAAAAGCCAUCCAAGAGCGCAGCACCACCAUCCAUCCCCCUGGACACACCAAUCUCCGCCUUCGAUCUCCUCUCAACAUACGUCGAGCUAUCGCAGCCCGCUUCAAAACGUGACUUGAAUCUCCUCGCCGACGCCGCAGUCGAAGACGCAGAAAUCCAAGCUGAACUCCGCUACAUCGCUUCCAGCCCUAAACGCUUCACUUCUGAAAUUGUCAAGAAGCGCGUCAGUCCCCUGGACCUACUCAUGCGCUACUCAGCCAUCAAGCUGCCAAUCGGCGAUUUCCUCGCCAUGCUUCCCCCCAUGCGCGUUCGACAGUACUCCAUCUCCUCAUCUCCACUGCCAAAUCCAGAAGAGUGCACAAUCACCUUCUCCGUCCUAAAUGCCCCCGCGCUCUCCGGCACCUCGGAGCCCAGCACAGAAGUAGAAGCAGAACAAUACCUGGGCGUCGCGUCGAACUAUCUAUCCGAACUCCAAAUUGGUGAAAGAGCACACAUCUCCGUCCGACCAUCCCACUCAGGCUUCAAACCACCCGCAGACCUCCAAACACCCAUGAUAAUGGCGUGCGCAGGCACAGGACUCGCACCAUUCCGCGGCUUCGUAAUGGAUCGCGCAGAACGUAUCCGAGGCCGAAACAGUCCUGAUCAACCCGCGAAAGCGAUCUUAUACACGGGCUGCCGAACACAAGGCCAAGAUGACAUCCAUGCUGCCGAACUGGCAGAAUGGGCUAAGAUCGGCGCUGUUGAUAUCCGGUGGGCGUAUAGUCGUCCAUCUGACGGGUCAAAGGGACAACAUGUUCAGGAUCUGAUGCGAGAACAUAGCGAAGAGCUUACUGAACUGUUUGAAGCGGGUGCUAAUAUUUAUGUUUGUGGCAGUACUGGGGUUGGGUCCGCUGUGAUGGAUGUUUGUAAGGGGAUCUUUAUUCAGAAGCGGAGGGAGAAGAUUGCCAAGGCUAAGGAGACUGGUGAGACGCUUAGUCCUGAUGCAGAGCUUGAGGAGGAUGUCGUUGCCGAGAAGUUCUUUGAUCAGUUGCGGACGAAGGAGAGAUAUGCUACUGAUGUUUUUACCUGA